AUGGAAUCAACUGACAGGAAGAAUGUUUAUCUUACAAAAACAGGUGAUAAUUCUUUGAAUUCUGGUAUGAGAGAUACAAUGAUUGUUGGUCAAACAAAUAUGACUUCAGAAUGUGGUGAACCAGUAAUGAAACCUGGCAAUGUCUCGAAUGUUUCAAAUAAUCAAACAAAAUGGUCAAAUAUGCAAAGUAAAAAUUUUAUUCUUAAUGCAGUACCAGUGAAGAAUGAAAUUGUACAUCUUGAAGAUGGGGCACAUUGCAAUAAAAAAAUGCAUUACUAUGAGAGACAUUAUGUAAGCCAUGAUGAAACAGAGAAACCGACACGUAGGGGAACAAAAAGAUACAGGGACAAAGAUGCGCCUAAGAGAGCAUUGUCUGCAUUUUUUUACUUUUGUCAAGAGCUACGUGGUAAAAUGAGAGAAUUACAUCCAGAGAUGGGAGUAGGUGACAUUGCCAAAGAAUUGGGUAAAUUAUGGAUGAGCACAGAUCUUCAAACAAAGUCAAAAUAUAUGGCAAUAGCAGAAGAAGAUAGAGCCAGAUAUGAAAGAGAAAUAAUUGCAUACAACAAAAGAGUAAAAAAUUAUGAUCCUGAAGAAGUUGGACCUGUGUAAGUCUUGAAAACAUGAAUGAAACAGCAAAGGACAGUAUACUUUGUCCCAAAUCAAGCACUCGCCAAUUAAAAAUAUAUAACAAUUUUACUAAUAGUUUAGUAUUGUCAAUCGUUAUAUAUAUAUUAUGUACACUAUUGACAUUAACAUCUAAAAAAGUUACACUUAUUAUAAAAUUUGGUUGCAAUUUUUGGAAAUAGCGUUCGAUAUCAAUCAUCGUUCUCCAUUAAUUUCAUAAUUGGAUACUAUUUUUAUGUGAAUAAGGUGUGCUAAUAUAUUUACAAGCGAUACCUAAUACAAGUAAUUAAUAUUAAUAUCAAUAGUAAUAAUUAUAAUGAAAACCAUGAUGCCGACGAUGAUAAUAAUACUAUUAUUAAUAAUAUUAAUCUAUAUUACUAUUAAAUAUGUUAUACAAUUGAAGCACAAUAGCAAGUAAAAGUCAAGCAGAGUGAGCUUUGUACAGUGCA